CACCGGGCUUGGCCUCCCUCCCUCCCCCCUGCUCACCAGCUUCCUGCUUGCCUCCUAGAAUGCCUCUCUGAAGACUGCCGCUCUGUAAUCCAGGAGCAGGCCUCCGCCCUGGGCCUCGCCAUGUUUGCCGUCUUGGUCAAGCGGUGCGCCCGGCUGUUGCAAGACGUCUCCCUGGCAGCUCAAGCCCAGGGAGACGCCGGAGACGGUGACAUCAAGGUCUCCGCUUUUCCACCGGAUCUGAGAGAGCUCCUUCCCAGCAUCAAGGUCUGGUCGGACUGGAUGCUCAGCCACUCGGACACCUGGAAUCCUCCACCCAGCGCGCUGGAGCUUCCCCAGUCGGCUUCGGUGGACGUGUGGGCAACGCUGGCAGACUUCUGCAACAUUCUGACCACCGUGAACCAGUCGGAGGUGCCCCUCUACAAGGACCCUGACGAGGACUUGGCCCAGCUGGGCCUGGAGGAGGAUCGGCUGCUCUCGGGUUUCGUCCCGCUGCUGGUUGCCCCCCAGGAGCCCUGCUACGUGGAGAACUCCUCGGACAAGGUUAUUGCGGCCGACUGCAAGAGGGUCACGGUGUUGAAGUAUUUCCUGGAAGCCCUCUGUGGCCAAGAAGAGCCAUUGCUGGCAUUCAAGGGUGGAAAGUAUGUGUCAGUGGCCCCCGUCCCAGACGCCAUGGGAAAGGAAGCGGCGGCCAGCCAGGAGGGAAAACAACUGGAAGAUCAGUGUUGUGCUGGUUGCCAUGGUGCUUCUCCUCCGUUUUCGCUUCCCUGCCCAAUCUGCAUGAAGGAGGACGACGUCCAGAUGGAGGCCUUGCGGGACGACUCAGAGGCGGAAGGCAGCGGUGGCGAGCUGGACAUCAGGGAGCUGCGGGCCAAGAAGCAAGCGCUGGCCAGGAAGGUGGCCGAGCAGCAGCGCCGGCAGGACAAGAUCCAGGCGGUGCUAAAGGACCAGGCCCAGGUGAGGCAGAUGGAGCUGGAGAUCCGCCCCGUGUUCCUGGUCCCGGACACCAACGGCUUCAUUGACCACCUGGGCAGCCUCGCCAAGCUUCUGGACUGCAGGCAGUUCAUCCUCGUGGUGCCCCUGAUUGUCAUCAAUGAGUUGGACGGGCUGGCCAAAGGCCCCGAAUCAGAGCACCGAGUUGGGGGCUAUACGCGCCCGCUGCAGGAGCGCGCCCGCAAGGCCGUGGACUUCCUGGAGGCCUGCUUUGAGAAACGCGACAGCUACAUCCGGGCCCUGACCAGCCGGGGCAACGAGCUGGAGUCCAUCUCCUUCCGCAGCGAGGACAUUUCCCGGCAGCAGGGGAACAACGAUGACCUGAUUCUCUCCUGCUGCCUCCACUACUGCAACGACAGAGCCAAGGACUUCAUGCCAGCUAAGAAAGACGACCCGAUCCGCCUGCUCCGGGAGGUGGUGCUGCUGACAGAUGACCGGAACCUGCGGGUGAAAGCCCUGACCCGCAACGUGCCCGUGAGGGACAUCCCCACGUUCCUGCGGUGGGCCCAGGAGGGCUGAGCAGGCACCUUCCCUGGGAAGCCGUGCAGCUCUUUGCCAACAUGGAGGGUGGCCUCAGGGCGUGCCCUUGCCCCAUGCCAGGGCUGUUGUGCUGCUACCGCUGCUGCCCCACCGCCACCAUCAUCGUUCCAGGAGACCCCAAGAACAAUAAAUGCAGCGUCUUCAACUCCACCUGGAAUGGCCGUGCUGUGGGUGCAAGCACACGCGUGGAGAAGGAGGCCCCUGGGCAGGUGGUCUUGUGGAGGGAGGCUAGAACGAGCAGGGUCCCUGGCCUCUGGGGCGAGGGGGAGAGGAGAGGCGAGGCUGGUCGGAGGAGCCCGAGUGGGCCUCUCCUCCCCCGGCUGAGCUGGAGCAGCUGCAGCAACCGGGCGCCCAGAGUGCCGCCCUCUGCCUGAAGCCAGCAUUGCUGCUCUUUGCCCCCGCCUGGGGCCAAGCGGCCACCUCCCUGCCCGUCUGUCUGUGGUUGUCUCAGGUUUUCAGCCCCUUCCCCAUCCAUGCCACUUCCCAGUCCCUCGUUCCCCAUGUGCCAUGGACUGACCCCCACCCCCACCCAGCGCACCUUCCAACCAAGCCAGCUCUUGCCGUGGGGUCACCUGUCGUGGGGCAUGAAGACAGAAGUCAAGAAUCAGAACAACUCUUAGGGUGGGAGCAAGGAGGCCGGACAAGUCCUUCUGGAGGAGAGCGGAGGGGCAGGCAGAAAAGGAGGGCCAAGGUCAUGGCACAGCAUCUCCCCUUGGUGCUCUGAGAGUGGUGCCGUGGGUGGGGAGAGACGCUUUCCCAAAGAGCUCCCUCCCCAUGGGAAGAGUUUCCUGCCGACGUGGGGGGGGCUGAGUGCCCCCAUGGGGCCAUGUACAGGGACUGCGAGCGGGAGUACCGGCUUGCUGCAGGGCUGAUGUGUGGAGGGCGGAAGAGCCCAGCCGUCUUCCCUUUCGAUGGGAUCUGCGCCCAGUGCCCCCCAGCCUUGGUACAGCCCCUUUGCAGGGGAGAGGAGGUCUCUUCUGCCCAUUCCAGACUGGCUUGGAUGGAGGGCUCAUGCCCACUUUUGUUCUGUUGUUUUCUUAAUAAACUUUUGGUAGGAAACCUU